UCUUUUUCGAAUGGCAUCACCGUGGAAAUCUACGUGGCAGAAGAAAUCCUGGAGCAGAGGGAAAGCAAAAGUCCAGCGUGGCCAAAACCGGAGAUGGGAAAGCAGAGAAAAAGAAGACUCGACAGCUCACUAAACGCCAACAAAUUAUUGCAGAGAGAAUGAGAGAGAUAGCCGUUCGUUGGGCUCUCCUACUUCGGACUAACUAAUCCAAAUAGGCGGGAGAUUAAGAUUUGUAAUAAUACGGCCGUAUGGCAACGGAUCACUACACUAAAGCUGAAAAGCAAAAGCUAAAACAAGUACUCUCCCUUUCCUCCUCGUCUCCUUCACCCGCUCUUCUGCUACCGGUGGACCCCUGCACCCCGCCGCUGGAUAUUACAGCCAGCCUUCUUCGCGAUCUGGCUGCCUUUGCCUCUCAUAAGGAGAGUGAAGAGGACAAGGAGUUAAAGGCUGUGCUGGAAGAAGCGAGCUUAGAGGCCGGGGUUUCUCUUCCGCCGGCAGUUUCUUCUACUGUUCUGCUUUUAUUUGGGAAAAUAUCCGGAGCAUCAGAUUUUAGGCUUGCAAAAUGGCUAGCUUCUGCACGUAAACGGAGUAGAAUGUUUGGUCCCUUAGUUUUUCCAACUCGAAAGUUGAAGGCAACAAACAUGUUCCCAGAAAUUUCAAAUGAUGCCAGAAGUGGUGCAGUUGAACCCAAAGAGUGUGCUGACUUGACUUUGGAAACAACCCUAUGGGAAAGACUUGGAAAAGCUGUUGCAUUUGAUAUUGAGUCGAGCGAGUUUUUGUGGGAUAAGCUUGUCUCAUUACACCAUACAGAGCAUACAAGUAGCACCGAACAUUCUGAGGAUGAGAUGAACAAACCCUUGGAGGUUACAGUUAAUUCAGGUGGUCUAGUGUUCUUUGCACUUUUCAGAAUUCAUCAAGCAAGAGAUGGAUAUUCAGAGGGGGUAGCAGUGAUAAAGUUUUCUUCCACAAGGAUGGCCACUCAGGCUGAGCGUUUAGGUUAUGAAUUUGCUAAAUGUUUUGGAGUCCAAACACCCCAAGCUAGAGUUAUACACAAUUCGAGUGCUGAAUGGCAGAGCAUCAAGGAUGCUGCUGAGAACUCAAGAAAUAUGGCAAGUGCAGAGGGAGAUGAGAUGGGCAAAACCACAUGCACUGAAAUACUAGAAGCACUUGAAUUGAGUCGCUGUCUGCUACUAAUGGGUUAUGUACAUGGUUUCCCUUUGCUGGAUACUGCGUGUGCAUUUAACACUCAAGAAGCAGCACAAAAGACAGCUAAAGAUCUUGGUAGGGUGUUGCUUUUAGAUUUAGUUCUCCGAAAUGAAGAUCGCCUCCCAUGUCGUCAACUUGGGUGGCGUGGGAAUGCAGCAAAUCUUUUAUUCACCGAAAGGCUUUCAUUUAUAAAUGUGGAAACAUCGUUACAGGGGAUUCCUGAAUCUAUGCCUUGGAGAAACAGGGGAGCUGCUGUAUCUCAUAGAGAGAGAAGAUUUCACUCAGUGGACGCAGCUCUUGUUUCUCAAAGUUCUGACACAUCUGACUGGGUUGGUUCUGCUGGGGAUAUAAGUGCAAUAGUGGAGAGUGUGGAGGUAAAAAAUUUUAUUAGUGACUUUUAUGUUGUGGCUAUUGAUUCUGGAGUUCCACGUCGUCCUCCUGCUGGUAAAAGGUCUUCUGAUCAGGUGCAAUAUCCAAAGAUAGUAGAACUUCUUUUAAAUAGUACAGAAUUUUCUUCAAAUUUGCUGUAUGAAAUAUCUGGUGAAAAACUUGGCUCUCAAACUCCAGGCGAAGCUGCAGCAGAUACAGAUGCUUGCCUUAUUGUAAAUCUUGACCAAGUCAAAGUUGUUCAUGAGUUUCGGGCUGGUUUUCGUGCUGCAUUGAGGGAAAUGCAAACCUUACAUGUCUUCUUACUAAAACUUCAUCAAAAGUUGGAAGCAUUGUUGAGAAUAUUUAUGUCAAUAAUUAGCAAAACCUUACCUGGUGAUGAAGAAAAAGAAGAUUAUGGAAUUGCUGAGUCAUAUUCAGCAUCACCAUUUAACAGCAACUACCAUUCUCCAAUUCCAGAUAAGGAAUUUAUGACAGCUGACACAGGUGCAGAAACUGAAGAUGGUGGAUUUCAUGGGAGCUCUGGUCUUCAUGAUCUCCUAGGAAAGCAAGUUUCAAAGUCACCUUUCAAGGACAGCUCUUCAGAAACACCUUCACCAGGCUCUCGAGACAAUUGGCACGGAAAGCAUUCUAAAGGGAGUGGAGAUGCUCACCGCAACAUGCGCCUAACUUUAAAGUUGAAGGAUUUCAACAAGAUUGCGAAGGUAGAUAGUGAGGUAAAUAAGGAAUUGGAAGUUUGGAGUGACUCUCUAAGAACAGAAGCCAUUAAGUUCUGUCAGGAAAAUGGGUUCAAUACAGGCUUUUUUGAGGGCGGUGACAAUAAUCACGUUGUGGACAGUUAUGAAUUAAAGGUGAGGCUAGAACAUCUUCUUGAAAGGAUGGCUUUGAUCUCUCAAGCUGCAGAUACAGAACGCCCUUCCUGUGUUACAAAUUGUUUGUUCAUUGGUGGGGCGUUGGCUGCAAAAUCUAUAAACACGCUGCAAUAUUUGGGAGUUACUCAUAUCUUGUGUCUGUGCCCAAAUGAGAUAGGUCAAUCAGAAGCACAAUAUCCAGAGCUCUUUGAGUACAAAAACUUUGCGAUAUAUGACACUGAUGAUGCAAAUAUUAGUUCUCUUUUUGAAGAUGCUUGUAAUUUCAUUGAGGGUGUUGAAAGAAUAGGUGGGAAGAUUCUUGUUCACUGCUUUGAAGGAAAGAGUCGCAGUGCAACAGUUGUUCUUGCAUACCUGAUGUUAUGCAAACAUCAGACUCUUCUGGAAGCAUGGACCCAACUGAAGAGAGUUCAUCGUCGUGCACAGCCAAAUGAUGGAUUCAUGAGAGCACUGCUAGACCUAGAUGUGAGAUUGCAUGGAAAAGCCUCGAUGGAUUGGCAGCAACGGAAACCUGUCAUGAGGACUUGCCCAAUCUGUGGGAAAGGUGUAGGCCUAAGUACUAGUUCUCUUAAACUUCACCUGCAGAAGUCUCAUCGUCGUGUUUCUUCAGGAAGUGUUGAUAGCCUUGAUUUAAAAGACUUGCAACAAGCUAUUGAAUCAGUGAAAACAUGCUGAUAAUGGGAAAGCUGCCACUGUAGCCAUAUUGUACAAAAUCUCCUAAUGAGGAAUGCCUUUAUUGUGAAAUCAUUCCCUUGUUUUUUCUGCCACAAACUGUUCAUAAUUAUGUGCUAAAUAUAGAAAACAAAUGUUUUCUUUGGCUAUAAUUUUUUUAAUUGCAGGAGCUAUUGUCAAAGAUAGUGUCAGAAUAAUCUCUAAAAUGGAACGCAAGGGUCCCAACCCUUUUACAGAGCAAGUCCGUAGGCUGAGAAGAACAAAAAGCAAAACAUUCUUGUAAUAAUGAUGAUAAUGUUGCGAGUGUUUUUUUGUGCGAUUUCUUGAGGUUGAUAAUGAUGUCUCACCGACAGCGAGCAUAAUAAUGAUAAUGAUGUGACUCACCUACAGGGAGCAAACUUCUGCAACUUGGACCUUGAAUUUCUAAAGGACAUUUUUUAUUUAUCCA